UUUCGCUCUGUGUAGCGGUGAGCGCGGUUUCCUUCUGCGCCUUCUGUUGCUACCUUGGGUGCCAGGGAAGUGAGGCGUCGAGAGUCUCUUUUCCCGGAGGAGAGCGCCUUCCUCGAGGGCUUCGGAGGGGAGCCUGAGCCAUGCCGAACUCGCGACCCAGACCCCGGCGGGGGGGUGGCGCAGGUGCGGCCGGCCGGGAUCGGCUGGUGGCGCGGUCCCUGCAGAGCGCUGAGCACUGCCUGGGCGCCCGGGACUUCGGCACUGCCUAUGCUCAUUACCUCCUAGUGCUCAGCCUGGCGCCGGAGCUCAAAGACGACGUGAAGGAAACUUUUCAGUAUACACUUUUCAAGUGGGCUGAAGAGCUUGAUGCACUCAGUCGAGUACAGGACUUACUUGGUUGCUAUGAGCAGGCCUUGGAACUCUUUCCUGAUGAUGAAGUGAUUUGCAAUAGUAUGGGAGAGCAUCUCUUUAGAAUGGGCUUUCGAGAUGAGGCAGCUGGGUAUUUUCAUAAAGCAGUGAAGCUCAACCCUGAUUUCAGUGAUGCAAAGGAGAACUUCUAUCGUGUUGCAAACUGGCUGGUGGAGCGCUGGCACUUCAUCAUGCUCAAUGACACCAAGAGGAACAAGACAGCAAUCCAGAAGGCAGUGAGCUUGGGGUCCAAGAGGGUUUUAGAUAUUGGCGCAGGAACUGGAAUACUGAGCAUGUUUGCUAAAAGAGCCAGUGCACACUCAGUGUAUGCCUGCGAGUUAUCCAAGACCAUGUAUGAGCUUGCCUGUGAUGUCGUGACUGCAAACAAGAUGGAAGCUGGAAUUAAGCUCCUCCACAUGAAGUCACUUGACAUAGAAAUUCCAAAACACAUUCCUGAAAGAUUGUCCCUAGUUGUAACAGAAACUGUUGAUGCAGGUGUGUUUGGAGAAAGAAUUGUGGCGAGUUUAAUUCAUGCAUGGGAGCAUUUGCUUCUGCAACCAAAGACCAAAGGAGCAAAUGGAAAUUGUGGACAGUAUGGGAGAGUCAUACCAGCAAGUGUUGUUAUAUUUGGGAUGGCAGUAGAGUGUUCAGAGAUACGAAGACAUCAUAGGGUGGGCACUAAGGACAUUGCUGGUGUCCAUUUGCCAGCAAGUGUGAAAUUUCAGAGCCCAGCCUCCUCUUCUGCAGAAACUGGAGACGCAGUUGAACCAUAUACAACUGAGAAGAUGAGUCGGAUCCCUGGAGGGUAUUUGCCUCUGACAGAGUGCUUUGAAAUUAUGAAAGUGGAUUUCAGCAGUCUUCAGGAAUUAAAGAGUCUUGCAACUAAAGAGCCACACCCCCUCAGUGUUCCUGCUAUUAAAGAAGGCGUGCUGGAUGCUGUCAUGGUUUGGUUUGUUCUCCAGCUCAAUGACGAAUACAGUCUGUCCACAAGUCCUGGGGAGGAAACCUGUUGGGAACAGGCUGUUUAUCCAGUACAGGCCCUUGCAGACUACUGGAUAAAGCCUGGGGACCGUGUGACAAUGGAAGCAUCUUGUCAAGAUUGUCACCUAAGAAUCCAGAGUAUCAAUAUCAUGCAUUUGGAACAUGAAGUGGAAGUUAUAAAGCAUUUUACCAAGAGUGAAGACUUGCUGUCUCUAGGGAAUGAGGCUGAGCUCUGUAGUGCUCUGGCUAACCUUCAGACCAGUAGAGCAGAUGCUCUGGAGCAGCCCUGUGUGUUAGAACCUGCAGGGAUUGCUUUGCUCAGUAACAUUCCAUAUCAUGAAGGCUUUAGGAUGGCCAUGAGGAAGGUGUUGUCUUCGCUGGCCCCAGAGAAACUGUGUCAGCCCAUGGAUCCUCAGUGUCAGGACUCUGAGAUGAACUCUGGAAGUGGACAGAGUGCCACCGCACCGAGCACCUCUGACCCUCUCUAUGUGUUGGAUGUGUCCAAAGGCUUCUCUCUUCUGCCUAUAAUUGCUGGAACACUUGGUGAGGUUAAGCCCUACAGUUCUGUGGAGAAAGACCAGCAUUGUGUUGCUUUGGACCUCAUAUCUGAAGCCAAUCACUUCUCUAAGGAAACUCCUGAGUUUUGGCUGGGACAAUUAGAAGAUGAAGCUGCUGUGUUGCAAAGGCCCAAGUCAGAUAAACUGUGGAGCAUAAUUAUAUUAGAUGUUAUGGAGCCAUCUGGGCUCAUUCAGCAGGAAAUAAUGGAAAAAGCUGCAAUAUCCAGAUGUUUAUUGCAGUCUGGAGGCAAGAUCUUCCCCCAGUACGUCUUAAUGCUCGGGAUGCUCGUGGAGUCGCAGACACUGGUAGAAGAGAGUGCUGUUCAAGGAACAGAGCACACUCUUGGGUUAAACAUAGCACCUUUUAUUAACCAGCUCCAGGUCUGGAUAUUGGCCUGCAUCAUCACGAGGGCCCUACUCGUCUGGAAUGUCAAUCAUGACUUCACACAGCUUGGCUGCAGCAGCUACAUUCUGGGGAGUAAUUGUGUGUCCAAAGCCCUGAUACUGGCCCUGGGGCGAGGAUAUCCUUGAACCUGGAGAACCUGCGUCACGUGGCGAUGAGGAGAGCAGACUUGUGUGUUCAGUAUGCUCUGGGUCUCCGGGAAAACAAAUAUAUAUGAUAACAUGUAUGUAUUUGCAGCUCUCUAGGAGUCUGCUGAUGUGUCAAGGAGCUCCUUCUUCAUGUCUGUGAUGUUGUUCUUGGCGUCUUCAGACAGCUGGUCAUCAGAGAACGUGUCCUGUGAAGACACUGUAUCUUCAAAGUCUGGAUGUUGGCCUGCAUUGUCAGGAGGGCUCUGCUCUUCUGGGAUGUCCUGUUUAGAGAGAUGGAAUGAAACAGCUGUAUUCUGGGGAGUGAUCGUAUGUGCAAAGCCCUGAUACUGGCCGUGGAGUGAACCUGGAGAACCUGCAUCACGUGGAGAUGAGGAGAGCAGACUUGUGUGUUCAGUAUGCUCUGGGUCUUCGGGGAAACAUUGUUUUUUGGGAUAACCUCGCAUUGUUCUCCCUAUAAGACAAUAUAAAAUUAAUAGCCAAAAGUUAUUUUUA